UUCUCGCAUUUUCUCGGCCGUCAAACACUCUGUCUUGUUCAACAAAACGGUGGCGUUUUAGUUUCAUGACCUGUAAAGUCUGGCUGCUCUUUUUCCCCAGUUCUGAGAGUUUCCUCUUUCGCAUGGGCAAAAAACCCUAAAUUAAUAACGAAGAAAGACCCCCCAAAAAGGAAGAGCUUAGAUGACUGAUGAAAAAGGUUCCAUGGUUAACCAAGAGCGUGUGUGCCAUAGCCGAAACCUCAUCUACGCUAUUCGACAUCAACUGCCACCUUACGGCCCUCACUCGCUCCGGCGAGAACAAACAGGCUUUCCGUCUCUUCGCCGACGUUCACCGCAGCAAAACCCUGAAACCCGACCACUACAGCAUCUCCUCAGCUCUCACUGCGGCCGCCCACCUCCGUGAUACCAUCUUCGGCGGCCAGGUUCACUGCUACGCUAUUCGGUCGGGCCUUUUAGGUUACUCUCACGUAUUCAACUCGCUCCUCUCGCUCCAGGCGAGUUCCAACGACUCAGUUUGUCUGAAGAAAGUCUUUCAGGAGAUAAAGGAACCGGAUGUGUAUUCCUGGACGACGCUUCUUCGUGCUUGUUUCAAGCUGGGCGAUAUUGAGUACGCCUGUGAGAUGUUCGAUAAAAUGCCUAGUAGAGAUGAAACCGCGGUUUGGAACGCUAUGAUCACGGGUUGCAAUGAAAAUGGGCUGUAUCAAAUGGGUAUUGAAUUUUUUCAGGAAAUGCACAAUCUUGGCGUUCGACAUGAUAAUUAUAGUUUGGCCAGUGUUUUAAGUGUGUGUUCUUAUGGUUACUUAGAUCUGGGGGAGCAGGUGCAUUCAGUGGUUAUCAAAUCUGGUCUUUUGGUUCGACCCUCUGUUGUUAAUUCUCUAAUUACAAUGUAUUUCAACUGCCAACUUGUUCCGGGUGCUCGUCUGGUUUUUGAAGAAGGGGACGGUUCUGUUCGUGAUCAGAUCACUUUUAAUGUGAUGAUUGAUGGUUUGGCUGGUUUCAAAGGAGAAGAAGCUUUGUUGGUCUUCAGACAAAUGCUACAGGUUGGCCUCAGACCAACCAACCUGACCUUUGUUAGCCUUAUGGGCUCAUGUCCGCCUUCAGCCAUUGGUCACCAAAUACACGGACUUUCCAUCAAGACAGGGUAUGAAGGGUGUACUUCUGUUAGAAAUUCCGCAAUAACGAUGUAUUCUUCUUUUGGUGAUUUGGGUGGAGCCCGUCGACUUUUUGAGUCAAUGUUGGAGAAAGAUCUGAUCACUUGGAAUGCGAUGAUCUCCACAUAUAUUCAUUUUGAAUUGGUUGACUCUGCAAUAUUGGUGUAUAAGCAAAUGCAGAGAGUAGGAAUUGAACCAGACGAGUAUACUUUUGGGAGUCUUGUAAAGAGCUCGGAAAAUGUGGAAGCCCUGGAGACGAUUCAAGCAUGUGUUUACAAACAUGGUCUUGGCUCAAUAAUCGAACUUUCAAAUGCAAUGAUAUCAGCAUACUCGAAGCUCGGAGUGAUAGGAAAAGCCAAUCUGAUAUUCAGAAUGUCCCCAAAGAAUAUAAUAUCGUGGAACACGAUAAUCUCGGGUUUUCUCUACAACGAGCUUCCCUUGCAAGGUUUGGAGCACUUCUCCAAUUUGCUAGAAACUGAAUUCCUGCCAAGCACAUACACCCUGAGCACCCUUCUGAGUAUUUGCACAAGCCUUUCGUCGUUGAGGCUCGGAAACCAGGUUCAUGCUUACAUCUUCAGACACGGGUUCUUCUCUGAGAUAUCAAUAGGCAAUGCCCUCAUAACCAUGUAUUCCCAAUGUGGGGCUCUACAUGGAUCCCUAAGAGUAUUCGACAAGAUGACUGAAAAAGACGUUGUCUCGUGGAAUUCUCUGAUCUCUGCAUACGCGAGGCACGGGGAAGGAGAAAAGGCCGUUAUGACAUACAAGGCUAUGCAAGACGAAGGAAAUGCUGAUCCUGACCCGGCCACUUUCACUGCAGUCCUCUCAGCUUGCAGCCACGCAGGCUUAGUCAAAGAGGGUAUGGGAAUAUUCAACGUAAUGGUGGAAGAUUAUGGGUUAACACCUCAGGUUGAUCAUUUUUCGUGCGUAGUCGACCUUCUUGCUCGAGCAGGAUACCUCCACGACGCAGAAAACAUAGCCACCAUCUGCCAAAAGAACAAGAUCGGAGCUGGCCCUGAUGUAUUAUGGGCUCUGUACAGCGCUUGUGCAGCUCAUGGAGAUCUGAAGAUGGGGAAAACAGUGGCUAAGUUCCUUAUGGAGCAAGAAAAGAACAAUCCGUCGCUUUAUGUGCUUCUGUCGAACAUUUAUGCGGCGGCUGGACAGUGGAAAGAGGCAGAAGAUGCAAGAGAGUCGAUGAAAACGACAGGAGCCAUGAAACAGCCAGGGUAUAGCUGCAUGAGGUUGUAAAAGGUUUUGGUCUUUUUUGGAAGUUUCGCGCAAAUUCCGGGUGCGAAACUAGUUGUAAAGUUCAUAAUAGGGGGAUUUUUUUUUUGUUGGUGUCGGUCCAGUUUUGGAUUUAAUCUAUUCAGUAACUUACC